AUGAAAAUUUUUUCUAAAGAACAAAAUAACGAACAUCAAAAGUUAAUUAAUAAUAAUGAUGAUAAGUGUCAAUAUCAUUCAUCUCGUCUUGAAUGGGCGGAAUUUUCUUGGACUCGAUGGUUACAUCUAUUAUGUUGGUGGUGGAUUAGUCCUACUCUUUCCGAAGGUUCCAAACGAUUAUUAACAGAAAAUGAUCUUGAUAAUCUACCAAAUACAGAUAAAUCUUCUGUUUUAUUGCAUCGAUUAGAAUCUUAUGACUGGACAUCAACAUCAACAUGGAAAAUAAUAAUUCAAGAAUUUUGGCAAGAAUAUAUAUUGGCGGGUUUAUAUUGUUUACCUUAUUUAAUUUCACGUAUUGCUCAACCACUAUUACUUCGCAGUAUUGUUUUAAAUACAACGAACGAAAAUAGAUCAUUUUUCACAGCUUAUAUAUUUGUUAUAUUAUUAUGUUUAUUUGGUAUUUUACAAGCUUUAUUUGAUCAUCAAAUUUAUUUUAAUUCAAUGCGUGUAGGAAUAAGAAUUCGUAAUGCACUUUCAGCCAUUAUCUAUAAACAUGCAUUAUCAAUUAAAUCUACAGUAUGGCAAUAUACGAAUACAGGUCAAAUUAUUAAUUUAAUUGCGAAUGAUACAUCGAAAUUUGAAGAAAUAUGUUCACGGUUACAUUUUCUAUGGGAAGGACCUGUUGAAGCUGUGAUUAUAUUUAUCUUUCUUUGGUGGAUUAUACAUCCAAUACCAGCACUCUUUGCAUAUCUUGUAUAUUUUUUAAGUAUUAUCAUAUUAUUUCUAACUGGUCGUCAUCUUAGUAAAUAUCGCGAUCUAAAAACUUCGUGUAGUGAUAAACGUGUUCAUGUGUUAGACGAAUUCAUUCAUGGAUAUGAAGUAAUUAAAAUGUAUAAUUGGGAAAAACUAAUGGAAGAUCGAAUAAAUCGAAUACGUCAAAAUGAAUUUGAUAUUUUAAAACAAGCUUAUUAUUUACGUGCUCUUAAUACUAUACAUUCUUUUAUUAUAGUACCAAUUCUUGCAUUAACUACUUUUGGUACUGCUUGGUUUUUAGAUCAUCGAUUAAAUCCAAUAGAUUGUUUUACAGUUCUUGCAUUCUUUGGUCUAUUACGAAAUCAGAUUAUGUUUAUAAUGCCAUUGCUUACUGAAAGAUUAACAGAUGUACAAGUUGCAUCGAAAAGAAUAGAUGCAUUUAUGCGAUUAACAAUAACACAAGAUCAAUAUUCAUCAUCGUCAUCUAAUACACAAAAAGGACAAAUUUCUAUGUCAAAUGCAUUCUUUUCAUGGUAUGAUGAUCAACCUUGUCUCUCAUCACUGAAUAUAUUUAUUAAACCAAAAACAUUUGUUGGUAUUGUUGGAUCAGUUGGAUGUGGUAAAUCAUCUUUACUUGCUGCUAUUCUUGGUGAAAUGAAUCUUAUCAAUGGCGAACUAAAUACAAAUUCGAAUUUAUUUUCUUAUGCAGCUCAAGCAUCAUGGAUCUUUACAGGAACAAUUCGUACAAAUAUUCUUCUCAAUCGAUCAUUUGAUGAACAACGUUAUCGGAAUGUUAUUUAUGCAUGUUGUCUUGAUCUUGAUUUUAUUCAAUUUGGUGUUAGUGGUGAUUUAACAAUGAUCGGAGAACGAGGGGUUAAUUUAAGUGGUGGACAAAAAGCACGAAUUUCAUUAGCUCGAGCUAUCUAUAAUGAAGCUGAUGUUUAUUUAUUUGAUGAUCCUUUAGCAGCUGUUGAUGGUACUGUAGCUAAACAAAUUUAUGAACGAUGUUUUAGUUCAAUAGGAUUAUUGAAAAAUAAAACACGUCUACUAGUAACUCAUCAAACACAAUUUCUUAUAGAUGCAGAUCAAAUCAUUUUUCUUUCGAAUGGUCAUAUUGAUGAACAAGGAUAUUUAGAGAAGUAUACACUUACGAAAGAUAUAACAGAUGAAAAACAAACAUCAGUAUUAGACAAUUUAAUAAAUGAACCUGAUAUUCAACCUAUUAUUACUGAAGAAACAGCAAUUAGUGGAAAAGUAAAAUGGAAUUUAUGGUUUUAUUUACUUACUGCACCACCACUCGGUCUAUGUGGAUUAUUUUUACUUAUUAUUUUACUUAUCCUAGGUGAAUUAUUUUAUGAUGGAACAAAUUAUUGGCUUAGUAUAUGGUUAAAACAAUCACAUAAAAAUCAUCAAGAUUUUUCAACAUUUGCUUAUAUCUAUUUUGGUUUAAUAAUAGGAACAAUCGUAAUAGAUGCUUUACGUACAAUAUUUUUUUUUAUUGUUAUUUUAUACGGAACAAAUCAUUUACAUAAUAAUAUGUUAAAAGGUUUGUUAUAUACAUCAAUACAAUUCUUUGAAAGUAAUUCAAGUGGACGAAUUCUUAGUCGAGCAAGUAAAGAUCAAAAAGUAAUCGAUGAAUUAUUACCAACAAAUUUACUUUAUGCAAUUAAAUCAUCUUUAAUGUCAAUUGGUGCUACUAUAAUUAUUUGUCUUAUUAAACCAUAUAUUUUAUUAGUUAUUAUUGGUUUAAUACCAUUUGUAUUAAUAUUAUGUCGAUUUUAUUUACAAUCAAAAAGUCAAUUAAAACGACUUGAAAGUAUCACACGAAGUCCUAUUUAUGAUCUUCUUUCAUCAUCACUCAAUGGUGUAGUUACUAUUCGUGCAUUCAAAAUUCAUUAUCAUUUCAUUGAGUUAUUUACUAAUCGAAUCGAUAAAAAUACACGUGCAUACAUCAAUAUGCAAGGUGCAGCAAGAUGGUUUGCUUUACGACUUAAUCUUUUAUCAUUUAUAAAUACAUUUUCAACUGCAAUAUUAUUGAUAAUAUUUCGUAAUGAAAUAGAUUCAUCAUUAAUUGCACUUUGUUUAAUGUAUACGAUAUCGAUACCAAAAUCAUUUCAAUUAUCUAUUCAACAAUUUUUUGAUGCAGAUUUAUUGAUGACAAGUGUUGAACGUAUUUAUGAAUAUUCAAAACUACCAUCUGAAGAAGAAGAACAACAGGAUAAUCAACAACGAUUAAUAAAAACUUCACCAGAUUGGCCAAUUUAUGGAAAAAUACAAUUUAUAAAUUAUUCAUUACAUCAUCGAUCAGGUUUAGAAUCAGUUUUAAAAAAUCUCAAUAUAGAAAUAAAAUCAACUGAAAAAAUUGGUAUUAUUGGUCGAACUGGUGCUGGAAAAUCAUCACUUUUCAAAGGAAUUUUUCGUUUUAUAUCUCAAUCAAAUAUUCAUGGUCAUAUUCUUAUUGAUGAUGUUGAUAUAAGUCGAAUUAAACUUAAACAUCUUCGAUCUCAUCUUAGUAUUAUUCCACAAGAACCUAUAUUAUUUAGUGGUACACUUAGAUAUAAUCUUGAUCCAUUCAAUAUUUAUUCUGAUGAACAAUGUUGGAUGGCACUUGAUGAUGUUCAACUUAAACAGUUUAUUACUAAUCAUUCGAUUGGUCUUCAAAUGUUUAUUAAUGACUCAGGUAGUAAUUUAAGUACUGGUCAAUGUCAAUUGAUAUGUAUUGCACGAGCAAUAUUACAAAAAAAUAAAAUUUUACUAAUUGAUGAAGCAACAUCAAGUGUUGAUAAAAAAACAGAUGAUAUCAUUCAAAAAGUAAUUACAAAUAAAUUUCAUGAUCGAACUGUUUUAACUAUUGCUCAUCGAUUGAAUACAGUAGCGAAAUGUGAUCGAAUUCUUGUGUUAGAUAAAGGUAUUAUUGUGAAUUUUGAUACACCAAUGAAUAUUUUAAAUCAAUAUCUAUAG